UGAUUUUAUUGUGAAAAAAAAUCCUUUUUAGAUCUGCGCGGCAGCUGCAACAUAUAUUAUUCUAUCAACAGCAGAAGAAAGUUUUUCUCUCGACGGACCUACAUCUAUUUUCAUCAGCAAAUCUGUUAUCAUUCCAAUCGUUUGCGGAACGAACUUGUGCGCUGGGUGACGGAAUCUGCGCGUGAACAAUCGCGGACGCCCGUGUGAUUAGUGAUUUAUUAGCACGAGAUGAUUAUGACGAUGGCGACGGCGACGACAACGAUAAGCAGACGGGAACAAUAAUAUUACCGCAGUAAAAGGGAAUGCAGCAAUAGCAGGCAGACAGUGCAUCGUCCGCACAUUCUCCACCAUUCAGUCAGUGGAUUAUGGGAAGCUCCAGUGAUAAGUGGUACCGCUAGCGGAAAACAUACAGCAUCCUUCCUGCCGAGAAAAGGGUAGGUUUCUGCGUGUUAUACGACCAGUUAGAAAAAAAAAAUAAAAAGUUUCGCUGCUAAGCAGCCGCAGCCUCAGGUGCAGCAGAUCAUUCGCCUGUGUUUCUGAUGCAUAACAUAACACCUAUUAUAGCAGCGAAAAAUAAAUUGAAAGUGGAAACAGCUGCUACCUAAAUGUCGUUCCCAGUGAAACGGAACAAAGUGACUGAGAAAAGUGCACCUAGAAUGAUGGAAAACAAAUUGUAGUAAUGUGUUCUGCGUUCGUACAUUGUUAAUGUUUUAAGUUGUUGAGUUUUUAUUUCCAUCAUCCAUUACUUAUACAGUCCUAUUGACUUUAGAGUUUAGCGUUUGUUUUGUUACCUACCCGGGUCGGAUAUAUUUUCGGCUCGUUUGGUGUCUUAUCACCCAGCGGCAAACAAAGUAAUUUCAUCUGUACACACACCGUCUCUGGCUGGGUUGUGUGUGGAUCGUUUUCUUUUUUUUGCGCGAUACGGAAAUAAGCGGACUCCAAAAUGCGAGUCGUAGCGCUCGUCAGCGGCGGCAAGGACAGCACCUACAACAUGAUGCAGGUGACGGCGGAAGGACACCAGGUGAUAGCACUGGCCAACCUGCACCCGAAAGAUAAAGAUGAGCUGGACAGCUACAUGUACCAAACGGUGGGCCAUCAGGGCAUCGACAUGUUGGCGCAGGCAAUGGAACUACCGCUAUACCGGAAGAUCACUCGAGGCAAUUCGAUCAACACCAAGGGCAACUAUGAACCGACGGAGGACGACGAAGUGGAAGAUCUGUACGACCUACUGCGCCAGAUAAAGGAGGAACAACAGGUGGAAGCAGUGGCCGUCGGGGCCAUUCUGUCCGACUAUCAGCGCGUUCGAGUGGAGAAUGUUUGCAACCGGCUGCAGCUCAUUUCACUGGCCUACCUCUGGCGAAGGGAUCAAACUGAGCUGCUGCAGGAGAUGAUCGACUGCCAGGUGUAUGCGAUCAUCAUAAAAGUGGCUGCACUGGGAUUGAUGCCGGACAGGCAUUUGGGCAAAUCGCUUAAAGAGAUGCAGACUCACCUGGUCAAGAUGAAGGAUAAGUACGGGUUAAAUGUCUGCGGCGAAGGUGGUGAGUACGAAACAUUCACCCUCGACUGUCCGCUGUUCAAAAGUCGCAUCGUCGUUGACGAUGUGCAGACGGUGAUAAGUUCCGCCGAUCCGGUUUGUCCGGUGGGCUAUCUUAACUUUACAAAGCUCCGACUGGUGCCAAAAGAACGUACCGAUACGGUAGUGAUUAAGAACUCUCUUGACUUCGUUGUUGAUUUGAACGAGAGCAGCUACAGCGACCUGAGUGAUCCAGAUCUCAACGAGACGGAGCUGGAACUAAUCGAGAAAGAAACCAACGCACGGGUGGCUGUCAUGCGGAAUUCCUUCAGCAAAGAUGAUCUUAACAAGAUUGACGCUGGCAGUGGUAUGUCUCGAAGUAACAGCAUAUCCAAAGAUUACAAAAAGGAAUUAACCCUUCCGCGGUCUCCGGUAAAAAUUAUAACCAAAGGGAUUAGUUUAGACAACAGUGGAGAGGAUGCCAGCAGCGGGACGGAGGAUGCCCAUCGGACCAGAGCUCACGAAUGUGAGCGUGAAAAGGAACCCUUGACGAACCAUCCUCGGGCGAUCGUUAACUGCAAGGGUUGGAUGUGGGUGGCCGGCAUUCAGGGUGUAGCGGAAUCGUCUAGUCAAGCAAUGGAGAUCGCACUUGCGUCAUUGGAAAAUUUGGUAACUUCAAAUUCUUUUUCGCUUCGUCAAAUUUGCUACAUUACUAUGUAUAUGCGUGAUAUGAACGAAUACUCGUCUCUAAAUGAGAUCUACUCCAAAGUGUUUAGCUUUACUAAUCCACCGACAAGGGUUUGUGUAGAAUGCCCUCUUCCAGAUAACUGUCAUAUUGUGCUAGAGGCAGUAGCUUAUAAUCGGGAAAAGUCAGCUUCCGAGUUACAACACAAAAGACACACGAUGCACGUCCAGGGAAUCUCUCACUGGGCCCCAGCCAACAUUGGAACUUACAGUCAAUCUACGAAGGUCGGUCAUAUUACGUACAUUUCGGGCCAAAUUGCUCUGGUUCCGGGCAGCAUGACUAUCAUCGAAGGAGGUAUCCGGCAACAGUGCAAACUAACAUUGCGCCAUCUCAGCCGGAUAGCGGGUGCAAUGAAUUCCCAGGGAUUGCUGCGCGAUGUCGUUCAGGGAAUUUGUUUUGUAACCAAUCCAAGCUAUAUUUCGGAAGCCCGCCGUCAGUGGGAACGACGGACUGCCAAUGCUAUAAUCGAUUACAUCGUGGUUCCGGCUUUACCUCGAGGCGCUUUGGUUGAGUGGCAAGUUUGGGCGCACACGCACAACGACAAGUUUGAUUAUGAAGAAACCGGAUGCUCCAUAGGCGACUACACAAUCUCCAUCCGAAGACGAUGGAAUUAUGAGAACAAUUGCGCGUCAGUUGUGUGUUACGUUUCCACAGGCCUGGCAUCGUCAACGACCAAACUGGCCGAACUGAGCGACGACUUCCUGCAACGUCACAACCAGACGGCCCAGGCAAUCAGCCGCGAGCAGAUCCACGACACGAUAGCGUACGUGCUGCGGAAACUCCUCCAGGACUAUCCGAUGGGGAAUAGUCCCUCGAACGAAUCCUGUUCCUCGUCGUCGGAUGAUCACACGCAAGAUCACGCACACAAUCACCACCAUCAGCGUCACAAUCCCCAUCAUUAUCACACGAUGGAUGCAACAAGUGGCGGCGGCAGCAAUCAUCCGCACCAGGAGGCGGAAUAUUCCAAGCCGACCGUUCAUUUGCGCUUCUUCUACCAGGUGGGGGGCAGCGUUUCCGUGCAGUCCCUGGUGGAAGCUAUCGAAAGUUUUCUCAGCUCGCCGUCCAACGUAGCUCGAAUCGCAUACACUGUCGUUCCGGCAUGUCAUCUGCAAAAUUUUAGCACCUUUAUCUCUAUCUGUGGCCUGAGACACCACGAGUAAGGUUUUUGAUAGUCUUAUUGGUUUUUUAACGGUUAUUACGUGCGCCUUUUUCACUUUUACAAAGCAGAAAGAAAAAUCACCCGCUUAAGCACAUGCUACCGUUUUGGAUUUUUUUUUGUAAUUAAACAGUAACUGCAAAAGGAGGAGGCACUGUAGCUGACAUUUUACAGUGACAAAAGAAUUGGCACUUUUAAAAAUGAUUCUAUUCAAAAACGAAAAGCCUCUAAGGCACCCAAUCGGAUAACCAAUUUACUAAAACUGUACUACACGCAAGCGGAAUGUUUUACGAUUGCUACUAUUAUUGAAAUCAUCUGAAUAAUAUAUUGAAUGUUGAUAGAUUAAAAAUAAAAAUAAAAAACAGAGAGU